GCACUGGCCGCCGCCUCCGCCGGAGCCGCAACCCGGCUCAGCUGCCCCGGCCGCGCCGCUGCUGCAGUCAUGGCUGCUGACGGGGUGGACGAACGCUCGCCUCUGCUGUCAGCAUCCCAUUCGGGAAAUGUCACUCCCACGGCCCCACCGUACUUACAAGAAAGCAGCCCCAGAGCGGAACUCCCACCUCCAUAUACAGCCAUUGCUAGUCCAGAUGCCAGCGGCAUUCCAGUAAUAAACUGCCGUGUGUGCCAGUCUCUGAUCAACUUAGACGGCAAGCUUCACCAGCAUGUGGUUAAGUGCACGGUUUGCAAUGAAGCUACGCCAAUCAAAAACCCCCCAACAGGGAAGAAAUAUGUUAGAUGCCCUUGUAAUUGUCUCCUCAUUUGUAAGGACACAUCUCGGCGAAUAGGAUGUCCGAGACCCAACUGUAGACGCAUAAUUAACCUUGGCCCAGUAAUGCUUGUUUCUGAAGAACAACCAGUUCAACCUGCAUUGCCAAUCCAGCCAGAAGGUACAAGAGUCGUAUGUGGGCACUGUGGAAACACAUUCCUGUGGAUGGAACUGAGGUUCAACACUCUGGCAAAAUGCCCACACUGCAAAAAAAUUUCUUCAGUGGGUAGUGCACUUCCACGAAGACGCUGCUGUGCAUAUGUUACCAUUGGAAUGAUAUGUAUUUUCAUUGGAGUGGGAUUAACUGUUGGCACCCAAGAUUUUGCAAGGCGAUUUCGUGCAACCUAUGUUUCUUGGGCAAUUGCUUAUCUCUUAGGUUUGGUCUGCCUUAUCCGAGCUUGUUAUUGGGGAGCCAUAAGAGUGAGUUAUCCAGAACACAGUUUUGCAUAAGCUUGUUUAUGAUUCAGUGAUGCAGGUCAGAAUAUCUGGCAGUUCUUGAUAAGCUAUUCUGGACAUCUUUAAAUCAUUUAUCCUAAUGGAUUCUAUUCUGAUUUAUGUAUCAAGUUUCACGACUUGGGGAGUCUUUUAUGAACAAAUGCUCAUUGCACUACAUUAUAUGCAAAUAGUUUGUUUUGCUGCUAGAUUUUCAAGCUCUGAGUAAUAAAGCUGUGUUUUCAUGUUUUUUACAUCUCUUAAAGAUAUUUUUGGAUUUGUCACUAAACAUUACAUAUAACAUCACCUUUUCAUUAUUUUUAAAUCAGUUAUUCCAUUACUUGCUGAUCUGUGGGUAUUCCCAAGAAGUGUUUAUAAAUGUUUCUACAAUAGCUUCACAUUUAUACUCACAUUUUUAAUUAAACAUUAUCAAAAUUGCUUGCUUUAAAAUCUCAGCAAUAUGCAUUUUGCUUGAACUGCUUACUGUAACUUUAACCUAAGAUCAUAAUGACCUUAUUCAGGAAAAAAAAUUGAGUGUACCUUCAAAGACUUGACAUUCUUGUCAGAUAAAAACCAUUUCUAGAUACUGUAUGCUUGUUUUUUGUUGUUUGUAGAAAGAUACAAUAUUUUGGUAGUAAUUUAAAAUACAAGAAUGAAAAUAUUUAUUUGUCCACAGUUGGAGAUAAUGUUGGAUAAAUGUUUUUUCUCAAAGAUCGCAAGACUUUUGUCUUUCAUUUUUGUCUGUUUUUUAAUUUAACAAUUAUAAAAGUACUGGUCUAGAUUUAUGAAAUUUAAUGUUAAUCACUGUAUGUAUUCCUUUAUCGAGCCUGGAGGAAGCAUUUCACAUAACAUGUUUUAUAAUACUUAACCAUUUAAACAAAGGUAUAUUUACAUUGCCAUCCUUUUCAUUAGAUCAUGGUAGAUUUUUCUUAAUGGGAUAAUUAUGGACUACUUAUAUGUGAAAGGAGCCUAUGACAUUUACACUAGCCAAAAUGUUGAAAUUAGAGGUAGUUACUUUUACCAUUCUUCUCAAAUAUAGCUGCUCAGAUAAUUACCCAAUUUAUUCAAGAAAAUAGAUCGAAGACAAAAAGCAACAUAGUUUUCUAAGAAUUCACUAGGAUUUAAGGAAUCAGCUGUCACACUGCCCAUCUUUGCAGUUUUGAAAAAGAAAUAGCUUAAUUAAGAAGUAAUGUUCUAAAGCUUUAAUGUAGUAGAAUUAGAUAAUGAGAUGAUCUGAGUAAAUUAAUUGGCUAUUCCAGGGAUAAGAAUAAUAUUUUAAUUACUUAUGUUCCUGAUUAGUAUAAAACCGUACUCAUCAGAGAGUUUGGAGCAAAAUACAUGUAAACUUCAAAGAGCAAAUGAUAAAUGUAUAAAUGCAGUAGCUCAGGAUUAUAUGUACCUUUGAAAAUACACUAAUAAAGAUUAUUGUUCAAAAA